CAGAGAGCUUGGCAGCGCCGGCCGAGCGGCACCGCGAGGAGCGGCCGCCGGGCUGCCCGGAGGCCACAACCCCACUCGUGGAAAGUGGAAACUACACCUCCGCCCACCGCCGGGCGUCGCAGAACCAGGACCGUAAGCUACAGGGAGACCAUGAGGGGAGCAGCCAAGCAGUCGAAGUGGAGGAAGGCCGGCUUUCUGGUGCGAAACGUCACGGCCACGCGCGACGUCGCGACGACCGGUUUUGAAGUGCUCGACGGCAAGGGCCUACCGAUAAAAAUCGUCGAUCAAAAGACGGGCGAGGAACUAAAUGAGCUCCUCCCACUCACGGGGUCGCUCAACCUCGUGAGAAGGACGGCGGCGGCGCAGUUUGGGUACACGAAACAAGUUGUGGUGGACGUUUGUCCGAAGCCACCUGCUGGUAAGAAAAAACGCCAUCUGGGCCACCCCACCGAGCGGGUGCGCAUGAAAAGGUUAGUUGAGUGGGAGGACUGCUGGAGGGAGUGGGUCGACGGCUGUGGUGCUAGGCGCGACGAGGAGGUCGACUUUCGGGUGCUGAAAGCGGCUUCUACUGCUAGAUCAGAAAAAUACGGGGAAGACGGCCGCCGCACGGCUUUGGAAGAUCUUGAAAUGUUGGCGUCGACUUCUGCAAAUUUGCGGGGUUUUGACGAGAACGCUUGUCGAGCUCUAAGUGAGUGUUUACAGUCUGUGCCUUUGGACGAGGCCUCGGCGAGGGUCGUCUGGCGCCUCGCGGCGCAUUUAGAUAGGCGCAUGGCGUCCUUGCUCUGGGGCCAGCGUUUGGUGGACGCGGUCUGCCGCGACAAGGGUGUUGAACAUGCUUCUGCGCUCGCGUGCUGCCUCGAAUCGCCCGGAAACGCGCCGCGAGAUUUUGAUCCAGUGCCCUGCCUCCUUCAAUUAAUAGCGAAGGAAGCCACUUCCAAAAUAGCGGCGAACGCCCUCUGCGGGUGGCUAUCAAAUGUGCCGGCCGCGCGCGCGGCGUUCGCGGACCAACAUCGUUUGCAAAGUCUGGGGCCCUUCCUCAAAUCACCUUCGACGGAGCUGGCGGCCGCGAUCUGCCAGGCCGCGAGUUGUGUCUUGCGGGACGAGCAGGCGUCGAUCCUGCCCGCGGAUGCCGCGUCCUUGAUACGCCCGCUCGCCGACCUGUGCGACCAACUACUCAAGGCGGUGGCGACGCGGUCCGACGCUGUGCGGCUCCUGGAUGACGAAGCGGCGGUCGCGUCGACACGCGCGCGGCUGGCGCUGGCGCAGCGGUCCCAAGGACUUAGUGAUUCGCCGCGGCUCCUGGCGCACGCGACCGUCGCCCUCUGGAGCGCGGCCCGCGCGGCGGUCGACGGAGAUCCGACCGAGUGGGGCCCGGUUCUGCACAGUGGAAACGCCGACAAGGUGUUGCACGUGUGCCUCGCCGUCGCGGCACGGGCCAAGGCGCACCUCGUGGACGAUGAAGCGGAACCGGACGCCUGGGCGCCGGCGCCGGCCUUUGAGGACUGCGCUUGCGCACCGGCGCCGGCACCGGCGCCCGUCGAGGCCAUCCCUCCAGGGGAGGCGGCCGCCGGCGUGUCUGCCGCCGGUGCCGCUCUUGGCACGCUCGCCGUGCUGGGGCCCUGGUGUUUCAAAUGCAAAUGCAAAGUCUUCGAGCAUGAAGUGCCGGCGCUGUGCCUGGCGCUCGUUGAGGCAGCGCGGCCCCGCGGGUCGGCGGCGUGCGUGGUCACGCGCCCGAUCGACGACGAAGAGCGGACCAGUUUGGUCGGAGGGCCGGCGUGGCACGUCAUGGAGACGGCUGCGGCAUGUUUGAGCGAAUUUGGACGGUCCGAAGCGAGCGAGUUUGGAUGUUCCGCGCCUUCCGCAGAACUAAAUUGGGCGCGCGAGGAACACAAUACUUGCAUAAGGGCCUUAGCAUCCAUAAGAACGGCGGAGGACCGCAUCCGGUACGCCGGGGACGACGCGGAGGCGGAGGCCGCGUUGCGGCGCACGGCACAGCACCUCGCGUCCUUCGUGGCUCGAUGCGCAGCGCGGGACAACUACGACGGGAGAGCCAACAGUCCGGACCCACACGACAACAACAUACUACACACUGAAGGGUGGCGCAAGUGCGACGUCGAGGCCGCGGUCGCAUUGUGCACGUCGGAGCGGAGCGGCAAGGUGCGCGGCCAUGGCUGCCGCGCCCUCUGGGCGCUGCUGCGGCGGAAAGAACAUCGACGCGCCGCCGCGAGGGCGGGCGCGGCGCACCUGUUGCUCGAUUGUAUUCGCUGCCCGGACGUUGACGACGCCGUCGCGUUGGCCGCACUAGCUUUGCUCGCGCGGACCGAGGGCCGAGCUCUACUUGAAGCGGGCGGCCUGGAGCGCCUCGCGGAUGAAGCAGGGAGGGCCUUCGCGCGCGAGCGCACGGCAGACGCCGGAGACAUGGCCCGAUUCGUCCACAUACGGUCGCUGGCCGUCGCCGCUUUAUAUGCGCUCGUCCGCGGCCGCGAGGUCGACGAGUCAAGACUCGAUUCUUUGGAUGAGCGCCCGAUGCCCGUCGCCGCGUUACUAGCGAAGGACGCGGCGUCUCUUAGUGAAGCGGGGCCGGGCCUCGCCCUGAGAGCGGGGUCCGUCUUGCUCGGCGUCGCGCUGUGCGACCAAUCACUUAGGCAAAGAGCCGCGCUCCAGCGAUGUACGGAAGCGGGCUUCCUCGAAAGCGUAUUAGGAGCCCUCGUCGUGGCCUGCGCGUCCUUCCUGCCUGACAAUGAAGCCUGGUCUUCUGGCAAUCUCGCCGCUUCUGUAAGGGCCGUCGUCUUACUCACGACGGCGCCCGCUUCGAGGAAGCGCCUGGGCGUGGACCGUUCCUUGGUAAGAGCCCUCGCAUCAGUAGCGCGCCACGGCGACGGCGCGGAUCAAGAUGAUGAUGUCAAUACGCCGCGGUCCGCGUCCCUCGCUUCAUUAUCGGCCAAGAUCAGAUCAAUAACCGCGGACGCCUUCCGCGCGCUGCUCAAUUUGUCGGCGGAGCCCUGUGCAAGGCCGGCCCUCUGCGACGCGGCGGUCCCGCUGCUGCUCAAGGCCGCGGCGUACGUCGAUGGACUCGGCGACUUCGCGCGCGCGGUCUUGGCCAACCUCAUGUGCGACGGCGCUUCUCGAGCCGCUUUAUACCACUACCAGCUCGCCGAGGCCUCCAAAGGUGUGAUAGAGCAGCGGAAGACCAUAAAAAGGAGGCGGCCGCCGAAGGAGAUUAAGUCUAGGGCGGACCUGUAUCCGGUGGCACCGCCGUUGGUGCCGCCGGCCGUCAAUACCUUGUUGAGGGGCAGCGCCCUGAACCUGUGGCAAGCUGAUGGUACUGAGCUGAAGAAGCUGAACGCGACUCAUAAAUCGACACUAUUAUUGGGCGGCGCGGACGGUUCUAGGUGGAAACCGCCCGUGUCUAGGUUUUGCGGCGUCGAUACGACGCUGCCGGAAGCCGAACCCGAGCCCGUCGAAGCGCCGGCGCCCGCGCCCGCGCCGCAAGAGGAGCCGGAGGCCACGCCCGAAGCCCGCAAGAGCCCGUCAAAGGCUGGUAUAUUGGCCAAGUUGCUCACGCGCCCGGACGACGCUGAGGUGCGCGAGAAGUUGGCGCGGGGCCACCAGACCGUCGAGGCCGGUCCCUCGUCACCACCGGAGCCAUCAUCAUCACCAGACGCGUCCUGGGUCGUGUUAGCAUCGACAGACACGUCUGAAAAAGAAUUCUUCCACUUCGCGUCCGAUGGGAGGAGGCGGACGUUGGAUAGGGCGCCGCCCAAGCUCGUGAAGUGGAAGCGAGUCGCGGGCGCGCGCGUCUCCGAGGGCCUCUUCGACUCAGUCGGCAACGAUAAUGGAGAGGGCUGCUACUUCUACCACGCGCCCCAGGUCGCUUGCGUGGCCUCCGCGCCUGACGCCUUGCUCCAGCUCCCGCAUCCUUUACUGGAAGUGGCCAUGCAAGGACCUCGUCUCGCAAGGGCGCCUCCCAUAAACCUCCCUCCCGUCAUUCUCGCUAAAAAAGCACCCAGACCAUCACCGAUGGACAGCAUGAUACCUGUCCUACCGUUGACGCUGGUCACGUCACAACUCGGCGACGCAUGCGAGGAGGACGAGGAAGACGACUGGCGCGUCGAGCAGUCGCUCUACGCGCAGCGCCAGUUCCAGACCGACUUUAACACCUUUGACGACUCUGAGGAAGUAUCACGAAAUGUCCUGGCCGCCGACUGGGAUUCGAUCAAAACAAACACUGCUCUCGUCGAGCUGCUAGAAAAAUGCGAGAAGGAUGGUGCCAAAAACGACGAGAAGAAGCACAAGUCGCGGAUGAAGCUGGCCAAGCAACGGGCUUUGGCUGUGGAGGAGUACAAGCUCGAGCUCGAGAAGCAGAAGGUCGCCAUAUCUGGGCUGGAGGACAUCGAGGUCGAGGGUGUCGUUCAAACACAGCUGCCUGACGAAUUACAGCAGGAGGUCGAGGUGGGGGAAACGCCCAAGCCGCCCUCGGGCCUCGAUGUGGUGCUCGAGAGCGUCCACGAUUCAUUAAAGAAGGACUUCCGUGUUAUUGCGAGGGUCUUCGACCACUACUGCGCGUGCCAGAACUUCCUCAAGAUCCGAUCCAAGCGGGCAUCUAGAGGAUCGAUGGACACGCUCCAGUCGAGUGCCAUGGACACCCUCGACAGCUCGCUGCAGAGCCUCGACUCGCCGACGGUGGCGAGCCUCGAGUCGACGGUGAUGAGUCCCCUGAAUUCGCCGUCCGCAUCAGUUGUAGGUUUCUUCAGCGCGCCGGAGUCGGCCAAUUAUGUGGACCCAAGUAAUUUGUUCGGCCUCCACGAGCCGCACUUCCGCGUCUUUCUCAGGGAGAUCGGCCUGAAGCUGCCCGGGCGGAAGGCGCGCAAGACCUUCGAGCGGGCCGCCGAGGGUCCCACGCUGACGCGGGCGACGUUCCUGCACGCGCUCGUGAGACUCGCGUUGCGCGCGUCCAAGAAGCGGCCCCACCAGGCCAUCUCCAAACUGAUGGGCCGCGUCUCAAAAACGCCGGCCGCGGCCGAUGAUGAUCAUAGGGCCAAGUUGUUUUAUGCGAGGGACACGGAGCGGGCCUUUGGCGCGCACGUCAAGGAGCUCCAACGACUUUUUGUGGUGUACUCUGCCUCUGAUGAUGAUGCGACGCGCGUCAUAGCGCACGUGAACGGGCGGCUGCCCCUCCAGAAGUGGCUCGACCUGAUGAGUGACGGAGACGUCCUGCAGACGACGUAUAUGGAACUGACGCCGCAGGUGCUACACCUGGCCUUCUUCCGGGCGCGGCCCCUUAGUUUGGUACCGGAGCAGGCCUUAGCCUUCGUGGACUUUCUCGAAGCGCUGUCGCGCGUGGCCGCUGCGUGUGCGGAGCUGCCGGGCGCGUGCGACUUCUCGGAUCCUUUGAAAAUUGAGGACGUGCUGGAAACGCAGCGGGCGGAAAAGCGGCGCGAGGCGGCGGAGCAGGCGCGGGCGGCCAUCCUCGCCGAGCAGGAGGCGGCGAAACCGAAGAAGAAGGGUAAGAAAGCGGGCUCGUCCGUCAAGACGGCGUUAGGGGUGGACCUCGCGGCUUUGCGGGACGCUCCUUCCGUUGAUGUACCGGAGGAAGUUGAUGUCCCGGUCUCCGACGCGGCGCUGCGAAAAGUGCAUGCCGCGAAGCUAGACUGGCUCCUGCGCCACGUCAUCGCGCGGGUCGCGCUGAAACGGAAUGGGGUGUUGUUGGGUGGCGGCAAACCGCUCUCCCUAAUCCCGAAGUACCUCAGCAAAGCGCAGCUGUCGGACCCGCGCUCGACGCGGACAUCUUUAGAUUUCCCGCUGUGGUGCGCGGAACAGGACGUCGCGGCGCAGGAGCCCGACGGGGACGGGGCCGUGGAGGAGACGGAGGAUAUGUGAUAAGUACCACAG